AUGGCUAACGAUCCAGCACUAUCGCCGAUAAAGCCAUACCAACAAAUUAUUGCGUCGGGUUCUGGCGCCGUACUAACAGCACUUUUCAUGACGCCUUUCGAUGUCAUCAAAGUUCGAUUACAAUCACAAACAUCAGAUGCUGUUCGACAUUUUCCUACUAAAUCUUCGCAUUUACCAGCAAAUGCAAUGUCAUCAUCAUUGUUGUCACCCACUACAUCUUGUCAACACUAUAUGACACAUCAACCAACAAUUCAUUAUACGGGUACACUAGAUACAUUAUCUAAAUUAAUUCGAGCCGAAGGAGUUCCUGUACUUUGGUCGGGUUUAACACCAGCUUUAUGUGUAUCAAUACCAACCGUUAUUAUCUAUUUUACAUCGUACAUGAAAGCAAAACAAUUACUUGGAUAUAAUGAACUAAGUCCUAAUCCGAUAUUACCAGUUAUCGCUGGCGCAAGUUCACGUAUAUUUGCUGUGACGGUUGUUUCUCCAUUUGAAUUAAUUCGAACUAAGGUGCAGUCGGAAAAAGUCCUCUAUCGUCAAUUGUUUCUUUUACUUCGUAAAUCUUUAUCAGAAGAAGGACCUCGUAUUCUAUGGAAAGGUCUAAUACCUACCAUAUGGCGUGAUAUACCAUUUUCAAUGAUCUAUUGGUUCCAUUAUGAAACAUUCAGAGCGUAUCUUGUGCGAUCUAAAAUAAAUGUUGAUACUUAUGGAACAUUCAUUUGUGGCGCAUUAGCCGGUACUAUAGCAGCAACAUUAACAACACCUGCCGAUGUUGCUAAAACAUUCCGACAAAUAGAACUUGGACGAAUUGAAAAAUCACCAAAUUCUGGAUGCAAACACAGCUCCUCAAUCAAUAGUAAUCAACCCGUGCAAUCAACUAAAACUCUUUCUAUAUUGAUACGUAUAUUUCGAGCUGAAGGUCCAAAAGGCUUAUUCACCGGACUUGUACCUCGGUUACUAAAAGUAGCACCAGCCUGUGCCAUUAUGAUUACAAGUUUUGAAACAUUGAAAAAAUUUUUCCAACGUAUGAAUGCUUCGAAUAUUUGA